AACAGAAAGGAAUAUCAUAUCAGCCUUUCGCCAUCCAAAAUGGUGAACAUCACAGAGAAGAUAAAGGAGAUUGAGGAGGAGAUGAGGAGAACCCAAAAAAACAAGGCAACAGAAUAUCAUCUGGGUCUCCUGAAGGGCAAGUUGGCACGACUUCGCGCGCAGUUGUUAGAGCCAACUGGCGGGAGUGGUGGAGGGGGUGCGGGCUUCGACGUGAGCAAGAGCGGCGAUGCGCGGAUAGCCCUAGUGGGGUUCCCUUCAGUGGGCAAGUCAACGUUCCUCUCAAAGGUCACGAAAACGAAGUCAGAGGUAGCCUCGUACGCCUUCACAACGCUCACAGCCAUCCCCGGCGUCCUCGAGUAUGGGGGUGCCGAAAUUCAAUUGCUCGAUCUGCCGGGUAUUAUCGAAGGGGCAGCUGAAGGGAAGGGCAGGGGUCGUCAGGUCAUCUCGGCGGCAAAGACCAGCGAUUUGAUCCUUAUGGUUCUUGAUGCAACAAAGCGAGCCGAGCAGAGGGCACUGCUGGAAGCCGAGCUAGAAGCUGUAGGGAUCCGGCUGAACCGAGAACCACCAAACAUUUAUCUGAAACCGAAGAAGGCGGGCGGGAUGAAGAUCACCUUCCAGUCCCCGCCAAAGGGUCUCGACGAGAAGAUGAUUCAGAACAUCUUGCGCGACUACAAGCUCCUGAACUGCGAGGUGCUCGUGCGCGACGAGAAUGCCACUGUUGACGACCUCAUUGAUGUCAUCAUGAAGGACCACCGCAAGUACAUCAAGUGCCUAUACGUCUACAACAAGAUUGACAGCGUCUCGCUCGACUUUCUGGACAAGCUGGCGCGAGAGCCGCACACGGUUGUCAUGAGCUGCGAGCUGGAUCUGGGCAUUCAAGACGUCAUCGACCGGUGCUGGAAAGAGCUCAACCUGAUACGCAUAUACACAAAGCGGAAAGGAAUUGACCCGGAUUUUAGCGAGGCCCUGAUUGUGAGGAACAACAGCACCAUUGAGGACGUAUGCGACCGCAUCCACAGAACGCUCAAAGACACAUUCAAGUACGCCCUGGUCUGGGGCGCCAGUGCGCGGCAUAUCCCGCAGAGGGUAGGACUGGGUCAUGUGGUGGCGGACGAGGAUGUUGUGUACAUAGUCAGCGGGUGGAAGGCAUGAGAGUCCGACUGGGGAAAGGGGCAGAGGAUGGGAAGAGCGUAUCACAUAGCGGUAUAACAUUGACCGACCAUCAUGGCCAUACGAAGAAAACGUGGUAAGCCUUGUUACCGUGUAGAUGUGUAGCUUUCUCGUCAUAACAAGUCGUAACGACCCUCACUCCGGGCCAAGGUGAUAAUCA